AUGGCUGAAUCACAUCAGUUAACUGAACAGCAAGAGCUGGCAUUGAUAGAGAAAGUGGACUUACGAAUUGUUUUAGCAAAUACAGAUGAAGAGCUUGAACGAAAUUUAGAUAUCUUCUUUCCAGCUUUACUAUUGAAGUUAGCGUCUCCUCAUGCAGCUGCAAGGCAAGCUGUCUUCGGCUCAAUUAAAAACGUUAUGAGUCGUAUAAAUUCUCUUCAACAAGUUAGGCUUCCUGUUGAGAAGCUUUUAAAGCAAGCUAAGCGCCCUCAACUUCCGGAAAAUCAAGACGGUUUCUCGGUAAGGCUGUACAGUUUAUUAUUCGCAUCGAAAGGGAUCGAUCGAAUGUCCCAGGAGGGAAAGCGUCUUCUUAUUCCAAUGGUGAUUGAUGACCUGUCAGAUUUGCCACGACCUCUCGCUGCAAGAAUGUUCCAUAUUUUGUGUAAACUGCUCUUGAGUUGGGACGCAUCGGUUGAACGCUUUCAACAUCCUGCAGAAGUGAAAAAGUUCCUUGACAUAAAAAAGACGGAUGACAUUCAGUACCUGCUCGAGAAGUUCGCACAAUUUUUUUUAUUAAUCCCACUGAAAUCUGAGCCAACUGCGAACAACAUUCCUCGUGGCUAUAGCUGUCCGGGUUUAAGCGUGAGCCAAGUGGAGUUUUUUACAUAUGACGCUGGCUUGACUUUUUCAAAAGAGCAGUUAUUACGGUAUAAAACUUGCAUUCUGAGAUUUGCAACGAGUGGGUUUGCUGAUGAAGAUCCAUCACUUAUUAGGUUUCUUCUGGUAGCGUCUGCCGACGACUCUGGGUUGUCAGAUCAUGCUCUAACGAUUUUGAAAAGACAGCAGAUACCCCGUGAAAACGAGACAUUUAUUGCUUCUAUAAUGGGACUAUACAUUGGUGAUAGAGAUAUUGGAAUUCCUCCGGUAAAUCACCUAUUACAGGAAAAAAUCAUAUCAGUGUUGAAUAAUAGUAUUGUUGCGACCAAAGACGCUAGAAGUGUUUCUUUAAUUUCUUCGAUUGGUUUAAAUUCUAGCUCCUACAAGCUAAGGUCCCUGACUUUACUAUUUGUUCAACACAUCUACAAAUACAACUAUGAGUCCCUGAAGGAGAACACUUCAAAUGACUAUUCGAUAAAUGUGGCAGCCUUGAUUAGGAAUAAUUUACAUGCAGAAGGAUGGCCAAAACUACACCUCAACUCAUCUGUUCCAAAUUUUGCUCUAGGCAUAGAACAGAGAAGAAGUCAAUACGAGACAUUGGGCCAAAUCCUGAAAAAGGAUCUCUCCUUGAUUUUGGACCUAAGCUUUAUUGAGUUUCUCAUGGAUUCUCUGAAAGGAGAUUUGAGCGAAUUCAGACCAACAAUUCAGGAAGCUCUGAGCUCUUUGGCUCCUUACUUAUCAUGUCUUCCAAAAUCGUCAAAGGAUAAAAUCAAGAUUAUGGCUCGAAAGAUAUUAUCUGAUAAUUAUGAGCUAGAAAAUGCGGACAAAAGUACGAGAGAAGCCAUUAUGUGCACAAGGUACAUUGCCAUUAAAUUUUUGAAUGCAGCAUUUUCGUUUGAUGAUGUCGAAGCGCGCUUUGAUAAUAUCUUGGGAACAAGUACCACAAACAGAUAUGACAUUGUAGAAGAGUCAUUAAAAGGUCUGCAUCCGUAUUGGUUUUCUUUGAAUCAGGCGUCUAAUAGUCAAAAAAUCCAAGAAGAUACAAAAUCUCUGCUUUCACUCGAAAAGGAAACGAAAUUCCCCUCUUUCGAAUGUUUUCUUGGGCACUUGCUAGAAGAGUUGACCAAGUCUAGGGACAACGAGUCAGCUACUCUCAAGACGUGUCUCAAUACAGCUGUUAAAUUUUGCUUUCAAAUACUGAUAUCCCAGGCAUCAUAUGGUAAAAAAACAGUAGUGGUUCAAGACGAAAAUUGGUUAUUACGAGUUGAGAAUGCUGUUCAGGUGGAUGAGCAAAUUUCAAGCGGAGUGGGGCAAGAAAUUAAUAGGUUGGAUGAGAAACUCUACUUUGAGUUUCUCAGCGUGCUAGUCAAUGAAUUUGUUCGAAGAGAUGAACACAAUCAAUAUAUCGCCGUCUCCGCCAUACCUGAUGAAAAUUAUGGUUCAACCCUGUUGUUUUUCCUCAAUCACACGACAGAAGUUAGGCUAUGUCUUGUCGACUUCUUAAUACCCAAGAUUUUCAAUUUCUUGUCCACAUACAAAACCUCCUCUGAUUCCGACAUCCAGAAUGCUGCAAACAUACUCGGAAUUAUUGCAUCUCACUCCAAGAAUAUUAGCUAUAUAAAUCUGAUCACCGAAAACAUCGAUUUGUCUUUGGAUUCACAAACUAUCAUCCCUUCUCUUUACGCAUGCGGUUAUUUGAUGCCAAGACUAUUUUUAACGAGGGCACAGGAUGUGUAUAACUGCCAAAGCUUCAUGGAAUUUCCUACUCGUCUGAUUGAUUUUAUCCCACAACAAAAGUACAGGACAGCAGCUCUUUGUGGCUUAUGUGAGGUCCUAAAAUUUGGAGCUCUGACAGUGGUUCCGGAAAAAACAAGGAAAGAAGUGCUAUUAGAAUUCAUUUCCAUUUUGAAGCCAAUUUUGAUGGUCGAUCAGCUUGCAGUCAUGGCUUGGUCUUAUCUUUCUUUAUACAGUAGUGACUCCGAUAUUUAUGAGACACUGUAUGAUGGUUUGGUGGAGACACAUACUACAAAGCAAGUGGAUUUAUUAUUUACCGUAGGCGAAGCUUUAACGGUUCUAGCAGGUGGUUGGAGGUCGAAGUAUUUAUCUAACCAAACUCAUCUCAGCAAUUUUCAAUCUGCAGAACGCUUAAAGAGCAUUUCUACAAACGAACAAAUUACGAAAAGUCUAUCGAGAUUACUUGAAAUUUGCAAGACUGUCAAACCUUCUUUACGGAAGGCUUCUUGUAUUUGGCUAUUAUCAUUUGUUCAAUACCUUGGGCAUGAACAGAUUGUAAAAGAGCGAGGUAAAGAAAUUCAUCUCUUGUUUAUAACGUUUCUUGCAGACCGAGAUGAGUUUGUCCAGGAUUCUGCUAGUAGGGGUUUGAGUUUGGUUUACGAAAGCAGCGGAAAAGAAUUACAAGACGAAAUGGUCAGAGGUUUACUCAAAGGGUUCACUGAUUCGAAAUCGGCAAUGGCCUUGAGUUCAGGAACCGUUUCAGGUGAGACACAGUUGUUCGAGCCCGGAGUUUUGAAUACAGGAGAUGGUUCAAUUUCGACUUAUCAAGAUAUUAUGAACUUGGCGAGUGAAGUUGGAGAUCCUAGUCUGGUUUACAAGUUUCUAUCGCUCUCUAAAAGUUCAACCUUAUGGUCGUCAAGAAAGGGUAUUGCAUUUGGUCUUGGUGCAAUUUUAUCCAAAUCAUCAUUGGAAGAUAUGUUGAAGCAAAAUAGUCAGCUUUCCCAAAAAUUAAUCCCCAAGUUGUACAGAUAUAGAUUUGAUCCUUAUCAAGGGGUCUCUUCUGCGAUGAAUGAAAUUUGGAAUAGUCUUGUGAAAAAUCCUGCGGAAGUUGUGAAACAAAAUUUCGACGAAAUACUUCAGGAACUGUUAACGGGAAUGGGUAAUAAAGAUUGGAGGGUUAGAGAGGCAAGCGCAGCUGCUUUGAGCGAACUCCUGGAAGUAGUUCCUCAAGAAAAAUUUGAAGCACAUUUAGAAGAAUUGUGGACAAUGUCAUUUAGAUCUAUCGAUGAUAUAAAAGAGAGUGUGCGGAAGGCGGGAACUAGACUAACUAGAAUAUUGGCAGGAAUUUUGAUGAAAUCUGUGAAUUCUGAAUAUGCAACUACGACAAAAACGGAAAAAACACUAAAGGUUCUUCUUCCAUUUUUGAUUGGGCACAAGGGUCUAAAUAGCGACUCUGAAGAUGUUCGUAAAUUUGCGCUUGAAACGUUGAUGAAAAUGAUCAAGACAUCAAGCCCAGUACUUAAACCAUUUGCUCCCACGCUGGUUUAUGAAUUGACACUACUAUUGUCCGCCCUUGAGCCCCAGGUUGUAAAUUAUUUGACCCUCAAUGCCGACAAAUAUAAUGUCAACUCCUCACUUCUUGAUGCUAAGAGGGCCCAAGGCGUGAAUGACUCACCAAUUUUAAGAUCAGUGGAGAGCAUGGUUGAGACUUGUGAUGAGAACAGGUUAGAAGAAUUGGUAGAAAGUGUAGUUCGGGCAACAAAGAAGUCAGUUGGUCUUCCGUCUAAAGUUGCGUCGGCGAGGCUAUUGUGCGUGCUAGUUUUGCAACAUACCGCUUCAUUGGGACCUUACGCGGGCAAACUCCUGAAGGUUAGUUUCUCGGGAAUGAGCGAUAGAAAUUGCUCGGUUGGAGCAUCCUACGCCAAUGCUUUCGGAUACGUUUGCAAAAUCGCGAAGACCAAUAGAAUGGUGAAAUAUGCGACCAAACUUGUUGAGAAGUAUUUCUCCUCGGAUGAUGAAUCAUUGAAAAAGGUCGUUGGUUUAGCAGUGGAUUCGAUGCAGAAACAUGCACCUGAGCAAUUUGAAAUUGUUUCUACGAUUUUAAUGCCUUUGAUCUUCAUAGCCAAGAAUGGUCAGGAAGAGACUGCUGAAUUGUAUACAAAAGUUUGGAACGAAGCCUCCAGAACAGGGGCAGGAACUGUUAAGCUUUACAUUCAUGAAAUUACAAUGCUUGUUUCUCAACAUAUCAAGUCAAGUACCUUUUUGUUGAGACUUUCGUGCGCCAAGAGCAUAUGUCAAGUUUGCAAAAACCUAGAUUUGACCACAAAUGAAAAAGAUGUCCUUGAAUUGUUUGAGAUACUGGUAGAAGCUUCUGGUGGUCGGACCUGGAGUGGCAAAGAAAUGAUCGUCAAAGCGUUGGUAUCUUUGGCAGUGUUCUAUGAGCAAUUAUAUUCAAAGAAUGCUACCCUCAAGUCCUCUGUUGAAUCAGUUCUAUCAAAAGAGGUCUCGAGGAAUAAUAAGACAUAUGUGGGGAAGGUCGUGUUUGAUCUUGGAGAUUAUUUGAAAACGUUCCCAAAAUUAGACUUGUAUGCUCUUCUUUUGAAGGUGAGUUACAGCCUUUUGGAGAAAAUCGACAAUGGCGAGAUUGCGGAUUCAGAUGAUGAGAACAAUCCCUCUAGUAAAAAAGUUAAAGUUAGCUCUGAUGUCACUAAAAAAUCGUCAAAGGAAAAUGUGUCAAAUGAGGAGUUUAAAAUAGCACUUCUCAAAAAGUGUGCAGAAUCGUUAGGUUCCUUGAAUGAAAAUAAUUUCCCAAUGGAACUAUUCAAUUUCAUUGUGGAAAGUUCCGUGAAUUUAUUUACAUCCAAAAAUGUGGUACACACUUGGCGAAGUCAGAUUGCUAUUUCUGAUGUGGGAGUUCUUUUGUUAGAUGAUAUUUCAAGCAACUUGAAAAGUCAAUUGCAAAGCAAGUUUCUGAUCCUUUGGGAAAGAGCAUUUGAGGAAGGUAGCAGGCCUGAUGCAAUUGAUAAUGUGCAGAUUCAGAUGAUUAAAUUUGGAAAGAAGCUGAAGGAAGGAUUUCCAUCACUGAAGCUGAUUAUUGACAAUGAGCUGGCUAAUCUGAUGGAAGUCGAUCGCUCACCUAUUGUGGUUGUGGAGCUCCGGAACGCGGGAAUUUCUCCUUAG